AUGGCUCCCAAGAAGAAUAACAAGGGCGGCGGCCAACGCUCCAAGACUCCGGGCCAGACCUCGGAGUCUGAUCCCAACCCUACCGCGACCUCUCGUUCAGCCUCCACUCCCACUGGCGACGCCACCACCGCCCCCUUCUUCCAUCCUCCGCCUCCCGUUCUGCCCCGACGAACCACCACCACCACCACCCAGCCUAUCCCGUUGGCACCGCCCCUACCCAGCUUAUCCCGGGGGCACCACCACCCAGCUUAUCCCCUUCUCCCCUUCUUUCAGCCUACCCCUCAGAUCACUUCCCUUCUUCCGUCCUCCACCUCCCCUUCUGCCCCAUGGACCACCACCACCCAGCUUAUCCCGUCGGCGCAGCCUCAGACCACAUCUGUUCUUCCAUUCUCCCCCUCACAGAUAACGGCGACCACUCGGCCUCUCCCCUCGGCCCCGCCACGACCCAUCCGAAAAACCCAUCAAGAACGCGUUUCUUGCACCUCGGGCGGCGCCACCACCACGGACCACGCCGGCCCAUCGACCGCACCCUCUGCGUCGGCGGCGAGCACGGGUGACUUCGCUCCGGCAGUCGAGGGCGUAAUGGCGGCUGUGCGAAGUGGGAAGAAAGGGGACCCGGCCGGGUUGCUGGUAAUGGUCGCUGCUUUGUAUGGCUUGCGGCUCGACGAGAUGGAGUCGAUACUCGAGUGUUUGGUGGGUUUGGCGGAGAAAACGAAGGGCAACACGGAGCUGAAGGCGGCAUUGGAGGCCUUGGUUGACGUGGAGUUGCUAAAGAGCACGGCCCGGGCGGCGGAGAUACUGUUGGCGGAGCGAAAGAAGCGUGAUGGAGGCGGUGGUUCUUGUGGUGGUUCCGAUGGGGCCGGCGGCGGCCCGCACAGCGGCAGCGGUGAAGGUGAUGGUGAAGGUGGUGGAGUUAGUAUUUGA